AUGUCAAACGACCGGAACAGCGAUAGUGACGAUGGCGAAGCUUAUGCUUACGACAACGACGACCCUCGCACACGAGAACACAACGCGUACAAGAUCUCUCAAGAAAAUGGCGCACGAGAUCGUCGAGGGUACAGGUACGGCGACGCCGUGGACGACGAUGGCGAGAACUACUCUCCCGACGAGCGCGAUAACCACGACACCAUGGAGCGAAAGCUCGAAAAUGCCCUCCCCAACGGUCACCGUCACGGCAUCUUAACUGGCGUUCUCCGCAGUGAAGCAAACCGCCGCUACGCUUGGAAUGGGCAAUGGGCUGGUGGUGACCAUGAAGGCGUGGCGCAGGAAGCCGACAGGAGGAUGGAAGAGGUAGCAAAGUGGAACCAGAAUAUUGCCAAACUUGAACGGCAGAUUGAUCACAACAACGCCACUGAGGUGCACGCUGCUCGCGGUGAUGACGGCGCAAGUGGAUCUGGAGAGGACUCCAGCGAUGAAGACGAAACUAGCGACGAUGAGUACGAGAAGAACAUCAAGGACGGAAGGAGCGUUCGUGCUGGGAGAUUUGACGCGCAAAGUGAUGACGAGGAUGAGGACCGGCCUGAGGAAGCAUCUGACGAUGAAGAAUGGAAUGACGAGGGAUACUGA